GCUUGGCGAGCCAGCUGCCCCGGCAGACGGGAGAGCUCCCUGCUUUUCAGCACCGGGAGAGCUGAACCCGGCGAGGUCCUGCUGCCGAUUCUUCCCUGCAGAGAAAGCUGUCUGCUGCCUGCAGGCUUCGGAGCUCGCUUACUUCUGAAGGAGAGAGCAGCCUGGCAUAAAAUUCACUGGAACUGCAGACCGUGUGAUGUCUGCACUUGCAAAACUGACUCAAGUCCUGCUUGGUUCCACCCCGUAUGCACAGCAGCAGCUUGGAAGGACUUCUUUUCCUUUUUCUUUCUUUUUUUUUUUUUUCCUCUCUCUCUUUGAGCUGUGCUCUCUCAGGUCCACAAUCACUGGUGAGCUCAGCUCCUUUGCUGACAAUGAACACCACACGCGCUGCGUUCUCCUUUCAGCCCGUGCUGCUCAACGCCACCGAGGACUUCAACGACUCCAUCCCCAGCAACAGGAGCGGCGACGGGUUUUGCGAGCAGGUCUUCAUCAAAGCCGAGGUCUUCUUGACUCUGGGCAUCAUCAGCCUGCUGGAGAACAUCCUCGUCAUCCUGGCAGUGCUGAAGAACGGGAACCUGCACUCUCCCAUGUACUUCUUCCUCUGCAGCCUGGCUGUGGCAGAUAUGUUGGUGAGCAUGUCGAACGCCCUGGAGACCGUCAUGAUCGCCAUCCUCAGCAACGGCUACCUGAUCAUCGGCGACCACUUCAUCCAGCACAUGGACAACGUGUUUGACUCCAUGAUUUGCAUUUCUCUGGUAGCCUCCAUCUGCAACCUCUUGGUCAUAGCCAUCGACAGGUACAUCACUAUUUUCUAUGCCCUCCGUUACCACAGCAUCAUGACGGUGAAGAAAGCCCUGACCCUCAUUGUGCUCAUUUGGGUGGCCUGCAUCAUCUGCGGCAUCAUUUUCAUUGCCUACUCGGAGAGCAAAACCGUCAUUGUGUGUCUCAUCACCAUGUUCUUCACCAUGCUGCUGCUCAUGGCCUCGCUGUACGUGCACAUGUUCCUCUUCGCCCGCCUGCACGUCAAGCGCAUCGCGGCGCUGCCCGUCGAGGGCGUGCCCCCGCAGCGCACCUGCAUGAAGGGGGCCGUCACCAUCACCAUCCUCCUGGGGGUCUUCAUUGUCUGCUGGGCGCCUUUCUUCCUCCACCUCAUCCUCAUCAUCUCCUGCCCCAUGAACCCCUACUGCAUCUGCUACACCGCGCACUUCAACACCUACCUGGUGCUGAUCAUGUGCAACUCCGUCAUCGACCCGCUCAUUUACGCCUUCAGGAGCCUGGAGAUGAGGAAGACUUUCAAAGAAAUCGUGUGCUGCUGCUAUGACAUGAGUGUGGGACAGUGCAUGCUGUAGACACCUGGCCUUGGGUGGAAAAAACCACUCCACAGGGGUAUAAAUAUAAAUAUAAAUAUAAAUAUAUUUAUGUGUGUAUUGAGAUACAGAGCAGCUCACUUUAAAUGCAGUGCCUGAAGGAAGGGUGCAGGAAAGACAAAAGCCUCCUACGUGAUGCCUUGUUUCCUACUUUUCGGAGUGGAAACCAGUUCUCGACUGAAUGAUCUGAAAUUUUUUAAAUAGUUACAAUGGAAGGAAACCCAGGGUGGCUUUCAAAGCAGCUUCAAAAACCUACUGGGAUAAAUGAAUCCUGAAAGGGAAUGCCACCUUCUAGAGACCGAGAUAAUAUUCCCUCUAGCAUUCGUUUGUGCCCGUUGCUUUAUCUCUGUGCCUCUGCCAACGAGCCGGUGUUUUCUGAAAGGUUUCAUUAGUACCCUCUCUGGAAAGCUGUUUUUCCUGACACCAACAGGUAACAGCAUUGUUCUACGCCCAUGCCUCCACCUCUUAAUGAAAGAAUAGAUUGACAUUCCUGCUGCUUGCCAUAAAGCAGCCUGAGUGCAAUUUUCCGAGGGUGAAAGCAAACAUUUCUCCUGCACUGAAAUCAGUUAUCACUACAGCAUCAGUGACAGCGUGGCUUCAGCAGCUGCCUGAGAGGAUUGACUCAUGUGAAGGCUCUUGCCUUAUUUAUUGUCAUAUAAGAGUAUUAUAUCCUUGAAUUUUUAAUUAUUUUUUUAAAGCUGGAACGCCCCAAUCAAUGUAGUAAUUGCUAUAUUUGUAAAAACUCACAGAAGCCUCCUUUUGAUGAAUCCUCGCUAAUGAGAUCCACGGAUCUGAACAUCAGAAAGAGCUAAAAUGCAAAAUUACUUUGGACGCAGCUUUGUGUAAAAGCUGCAGGGAAUCCUUAGAAAUGUCCACCCGAGCCGCUGGAAGAAAUCAGAUGUGCGUGGCAGAGAGGACUUUAUCCGUUGAGAAAUAAAUGUCCUGGGGCAGUCUCUCCUUACUGCAGCCGUGCCCUGCGCACAGGGAAGUGCCAGGGUUGUGUGCCACCCUUUCCCAGCCCCGUGUGUACCAGGGUUGUGUGCCACCCUUUCCCAGCCCCGUGUGUGCCAGGGCUGUGUGCCACCCUUUCCCAGCCCCGUGUGUCCCAGGGUUGUGUGCCAGGGUUGUGUGCCACCUUUUCCCAGUCCUGUGUGUGCCAGGGCUCUGUGCCAGGGCUGUGUGCCACCCUUUCCCAACCCCGUGUGUGCCACCCUUCCCCAGCCCCGUGUGUCCCAGGGUUGUGUGCCACCCUUCCCCAGCCCCGUGUGUGCCAGGGCUGUGUGCCACCCUUCCCCAGCCCCGUGUGUGCCAGGGCUGUGCAAAGCAAGCCCCUGCAGCUGCUGCAGUUCAGUCUUUGCUCCCUGCCGGAGCGAACGCUGCAGGUGCCUCAAGCAGCGAGCGAGCAAAGGCUGCUGCAGCGCGUGCAGGACACGGGCAGGGGCAGUGGCACCGCCAGUGCCAGCCUGGAACGCUCUGAGCCAUCCCAAAGGCUCCUCAGCACCUUCCUGGUACCCUGCUUUCAGGAGGGGCAGGGUCCCCAAACCCUCGGAGCUGUCUGACGCUUUCAAACAUCUCGAAGAUCUGGUUUGACCUAAACCUCUCUCUUUUAUUCCCCCCACCUUCCUAUUUUGUGUGGAGUUGCUGGGUUGAUAUUAUUGUUGGGUUUUUCCUGGGACUCCCCUCUGCAGGGUGAGAAGCUGUUCAUGCGCCCAGAGCUCCCCCAGCUCCCGUGGCCCCGGUUCUGCCCCGGCUGGUGCCGGUGUUUCGGUGCUGGUGGCUCCAGACGCAGCCCCGCUGCCCGUGGGGAGCUGCAGCUCGCACCCUGCACAUCCUGGCCGUGCUGGAUCCUCCCCAUCCCACCGGGAACAGCCCCGUCUCCCGAUCCGAUGGGCUGCAUCGUUCCCUUGGGGCCGAGAGCUGCCUCUCCCCGUGCUCCAGCCACACUCUGCCCCACCACAAACCAGCCUCACGUCCCCUCUUUCUCCUGCCCUCUGAUCGCACCCAAAAUUCCCUGAGUUCUCCCACUUCCUCCCACAGUCACACCCUGCAGACUCCCCCCUUCCCAACGCUCCCUCUGCCCCAACGCUUACCUAUAACCCUUCAUUUCAGAAAGGCUAAAGCUAAAAAAAAAAAUAAAAAAAAAUAAAGCAAAUCCAAGGUCACUGUGGAGCAGAACAGGCACAAAUGGAAAUUCUCCCUGUUUCAAGAAGAGACCAAAGACUGGCAAAGCCAAAUGCUUUCAGCUUUAUCUGUGUGUCACAGCCCCCAGCUCAGCAGCGUUCUGUCCUCCCGGCCUGUCGCACUUUGCAGCAGCAGCUGUGGCACACGGAGGUGGAAUCAGCAGGACUUGGGCGGUGUGCAAGGGCUGUGCCUGCCUCUUGUGAAAAGUCUCUGCUUUCUUUCGGUGUUCUGUAUCUCUGCACGCUGCAGCUUGGUUUGCCACGAUAUUCUGCCUCAGGUUAUUGUGUAUUUAGCUCUUGUUGCACCUGAUGUCCUACUUAUCUCUCUGAUGUCCUACUCUUUUCUCCUUUAAAAGCAAUUUAAGCAGGACUGAUUUGUACAGUGCUUUGCCUUUAAGCAAAACCUAAUCUGCUGAAUAAAACCUGGAGAGACCA